AUAUAACGGAACGAAGAUUAGCCAUCAAAUUCCAAUUCCCCACCUCCAAAUCCAACGAUAUAGGAUACAUCGCCGGACUCCAAGGACUCUCCUCAUCGGAACCCUCCGUCAUGGAAAAUAACUCCUCGCCUGCAACUGGACUUCAGCCUAUCCGCUGCAGAGCUGCUGUCUGCCGGAAGCCUGGAGAGCCGCUAGUGAUUGAGGAGAUAAUUGUCGCGCCGCCUAUGCCUCGUGAAGUUAGGAUUCGGAUAAUCUGUACUUCUUUGUGUCAUAGCGAUCUCACUUUCUGGAAAUUGAAGGAUCCUCCGGGGAUAUUUCCUAGAAUUCUUGGCCACGAGGCUAUCGGAGUGGUUGAGAGCGUAGGAAAGGAUGUUCAUGAAGUUAAGGAAGGAGAUACUGUAAUCCCAACCUUCAUGGCUGACUGUGGGGAAUGUAAAGAUUGCUUGUCAAAUAAGAGCAAUCUGUGUACAAAAUUCCCUUUCAGCGUGUCUCCGGGGACGCCUCGAUAUGGGACUAGCAGAUUCACAGAUUUAAAUGGAGAGGUUAUUCAUCAUCUUUUGUUUGUAUCAAGUUUCACUGAAUACACAGUGGUAGAUAUUGUCAAUGUAACCAAAGUAGACCCUGCAAUCCCUCCAAACAGGGCAUGCCUUCUUAGUUGUGGGGUAACAACAGGCGUUGGUGCGACAUGGAGAACAGCAAAUGUGGAAAAGGGCUCCACUGUUGCCAUAUUUGGACUUGGGUCCAUAGGUUUGGCUGUUGCUGAAGGGGCAAGAAUAUGUGGAGCAAGCCGGAUUAUCGGUAUCGAUGUCAACCCAGAGAAAUUUGAAACUGCAAAAAAGUUUGGAGUCACUGAAUUUGUUAAUUCCAGAACUCUUGGCGAUAAAUUGAGCCAGGCGGUUAUUGAAAUGACUGAUGGAGGUGCAGACUAUUGCUUUGAAUGUGUUGGAAUGGCUUUCUUAGUUGAAGAAGCAUUUAAAUGCUGCAGACAGGGGUGGGGAAAAACAAUAGUGUUAGGAGUAGACAAACCUGGAGCAGUAUUGAAUUUUAGGUCUUAUGAUGUUCUUCAUCGUGGGAAGACGGUCAUGGGAUCCUUAUUUGGAGGAGCAAGUCCUAAAUCAGAUAUUCCAACACUUCUAAAAUGGUACACAGAUAAGAAUAAUGUUUGGACGUAUAUCAGAAACUUGAGCUGGAUAAAUUUGUCACACAUGAAGUGGGUUUUGAAGAUAUCAAUGAAGCAUUCAAUUUGCUAAUUGAAGGAAAAUCGUUGAGAUGUGUGAUUUGGAUGAACAAGUGAGCUACUUAACCCAUGUUAUUUGUCAGCCACUAUGUUCAUUUAAAAUCCUUCCUACAUUAUUUUAAUUCAAUAAACUGUUCUCUCUUUUGUUUCUAAUUAAAUAAAGUGUUCUCCCUUUUGUUUUUAGUUAAAUAAAGUGUUCAUUCUCGACUC